GGGCGGGCUCGGCGCGUGACGGAGAGUUGGGGCUGGGGCGCGCGCGGAUUCGAAGGAGAGGCGGUUGGUGUUGGCGGGAGCAGCGCUGAGGCACUUUAUUGAGAUGGCAGCUGUUACUCCGAGAAAGAGGAAUCAUAGUUCUAGCUCUGAUAGCAUGUUCUUAGCACUUGGGAAUCCAGCAAAAAAAUUGAUGAUGGACAUCACUGUGGAUCUGUCUCCAGUCAAGACAUCUACAAAUUGGACCUUUGCUUCUCGAACAAAAUGGUCACCUGGAUUUAGUGAUGAGGAUAAAGAAAACCAGGCUUCACCUCUGAAAUCCUCCAUGUCAAGGAAGCUUGAUAAUUCCCCACUUCAGAUAGCCAGCCUCCCAAUGGCAACGUGUAGGGAGUUCCUGGGUAAAGUGUCUCCAAAGUCUGGCUCCCCAUACAAGCCCAUUGUGCCUGUGGCAUCUUUCUACAACAAAGAAAACCGGUACCUCACCCCACUGGAGAGGAAACUGGUAAAUGAAAGCCGCCCUCUUAGUUGGAGGGACAACGAUGGAGACCUCCCCAGUGCCAAUAGGACGGAGAAAGUACAGGGAAAUAUGAACCUCAUCAGGAAUACAAGCUCAAAAACAUCCAAACGUCAAACUGAUUCUAGGCACACCAAGACUUUACCAAGAAGCUCUAAGAAAGCCAAGGUAGAUAUAGCCCCUGUCAAACCUGUUGCGGAAAAGGAGAACAUUAUUCGUCCAGUUGAAAAGAAAAUGGAGGCACCUUUCCGAGUCCUAAGCAUGAAAAUGAAACCCCUGCUGAAGCUCCAGAUGGGAGCAGCAUUCUUUUCUACUGGGAAGAAAUCCCAUUCUGGUCCUAAAAGGCGGCCUUCAGGCCUUAAAUCCCCCCAGCUUCUCUCUAGUUCUGCAGCAGAGGGUGACCAGGUGAGACUAUCUGGAGAUACAGAGUUUCACUCAGAUGAUAAAAAGGAAGUUGCCAAGGCCAGUGAGGUAUUAAAGCAUGCAAGUGUGCCCCAGAAGAAGGGGAAUGAAGAUAGAGAGGAGGAUAGCAAGAAAUUGGCCAAUAGCAUAAGUCAAAAGAAGGAGGUCAUUCACAAAUUGAAGAUCUCAAUGCAGAAAAUUGAAUUGAUCCCAUUUAGUCGCUCUGAUUCCUCAAAGCCUUUGACUCCAGAGGAGACUGAUACAAGAAACCUGAACACGGAUGACGCUGGAUCUUCCAUAAACUGUGAGUUGGAUGAUCAAGAGAAUAUUCCUUUCAGUCAGUCUCCAACAGAGAAUAAUAAAGUGUCCCCUUCAGCAGAUGUUGUCUAUCCCAUAUUCAGUACACCCUCAAUCAACAAAACAAGACCACAGCCUUUCCCAGAUGAUCUGGCUUCUCCCCUGGGAUUCAGCCCACCUACAAAAAUGGUUCAUACCUUCCAGAAAACCAGCAAGAAAACAAAAGAACUAAGCAAAGACUUUAAAGACCAGAUGAUCAUUGAUGCUGGACAGAAGCAUUUUGGUGCCAUCAUAUGCAAAUCAUGUGGCAUGAUCUAUACAGCUGCCAGCCCAGAGGAUGAAGCCCAACACAUCCAGCAUCACCAGCAGUUCCUUGAGGGAAUUAAAUAUGUGGGUUGGAAGAAGGAGCGUGUGGUUGCAGAGUUCUGGGAUGGGAAAAUGGUUUUGGUCCUUCCAGAUGAUCCCAAAUAUGCCAUCAAAAAGGCAGAAGAUGUGCGAGAACUUGUAGAUAAUGAACUGGGAUUUAAACAAAUUGUGUUAAGCUGCCCAUCCAAGAUUAAAACCUACUUUUUUGUGUCCAAUGAAAGGAAGAUAAUUGGUUGUUUAAUUGCUGAACAAAUCAAACAGGCAUUCCGGGUGCUGUCUGAGCCUAAUGUUCCACAGUCUCCUAAUCAGGAUGUCCUGCAGCACCAUCGUGCCUGGCGUUGCUCCAUAAAGCCGGAAGCUGCCAUUUGUGGGAUCAGUAGAAUCUGGGUGUUCAGCCUGAUGCGGAGAAGAGGCAUUGCACGUCGUAUGGUGGAUGUAGUCAGAAACACGUUCAUGUAUGGCUGUUACCUAAGCACUGAUGAAAUCGCCUUCUCUGACCCAACACCAGCUGGCAAGCUGUUUGCAACCAAAUAUUGCCAAACCCCUAACUUCCUUGUUUACAACUUUAUUAGUUAAGACCACUUCCAAACAAUCAGUUCAUUGAACUAGAGCUGUUUAGUUUGCUACAUGUAAAGCAGUUUGCAUGUUUAAUUCUUAUUCAGCCGUGUUCCAUUUUAGAUUCCUACUGAGUGCUAACACUUGCUUCUUGAUCAAGUUAAAAGGUGUGGAGUUAAAAGAAUGUUGUCACUUUCUGUACAUAAUUGUGUUCUGUAUUUUAAUGUUUGUACUUUAUGAAACUAAACCCAAGUUUGUGAUUCUAAAUGUUUAUUCUGAAAGCUAAAGUUUUUAUUGCAAUAACUUGUAAAUUUCAAAAAUAAUUAAUAUAAAGAUUUCUCUCUGAGUUAGAUUUGGCUUGGAUAAAUGUUUGGCUACUUCAUACCACAGAUGAGCGAGACUCCAGCUAAUCUUGAAACUUUAUAUGUAGGCUACUUGCUUUGGUACAGCUGGAGACACCAGUGUUAUGCUAUCUGUGCUGCUCAGGGAGGUACCAAUGGUCCAGGGAUGUUGCAGAUAUAGAUUAUACCUGGUGCUGGAAGUUGCAUGCUGGACGUUAAGUGACUGGGUGAGGACUCUACACCGAUAUGGUACCUUUACAGUGAACAGAAGAUGGAGCAAAACAUACCUGCUGGUUGCUGUUACUGACGCAGCACUAAAGCUUACCAGAGACAGGAGUGGAUGUAAAGCAGUUGUAGCUGUGGCCUGAAUCCCUUAUGCACAAAAGUCAAUGGGACUAUGAAUAUGAAUCUCCACCUGCUGCUCAGGGAUUAAAGUUAAGAUUGAUCCUAGAUCUUGCUGUAUACAGACUCAAGUAUUCUUGCACUGGUGGUGGUGAUGUGGAUAGUUUGUUCAAUAAAAGUCCUCUGAAAUUUAA